CGACCGAUUUUCUCUCUCCUUCCGAAACACAAAUUUGAAAACUUUCUCUCUCCUAUUCUAAAGCGUCACUCAUCAAUGGCGGACGAAGAGCAAGACCCAUUUGCUGCAGUCGCCGAUGAUUGUCGUUACUCAUCUUCCCAAGAGGAGCUUCUUUCUCGCACUAAAUUCGCCCGAGCAGAUGAGAAAUUUCCCGACGACGAUGAUUCGCCGCCGGUGGCGGCGACGGGUCCCGGCGUAUCUCGCCGAAAAUUGGACGGUGAAGGUGAUUCCGAGGGGAUACGUGGUGGUGAAUUAGCCACUGGUGAUGCGGAUUCUGCCAGAGCCGGAAACCUAGGGUUUCGAGGAGAGAGAAAGAGGUCGCGAGAGGGAGAACCUUCGGGGAGCAAAUCGGAGCAGAAUUGUGAAGGAGAGAGAGAUACUGAGCCUGAAUUGAAGAAAAACAAGGUUAGCCCUUUGGUUCAUUGCAGUGGGAAAUUGGUGAUUGAAGGGGAAGAUAAUGGGGAGGAAACAGUGGUGUUUAGAGGUGAUUUGAAGGUGGAGAAAGUGAGCUCUAUACGAUCUGUUCCAGAAAGUGGGGGUUGUACUGUGAAAUUGGGUGGUGAGGAUGCUGGAGAUGAUGUUUGCGUUGAAGGUAAGAUGAUGACAGAGAGUAGAGCAAAGAAGAAGGUGAUCCAUGUCGGGGAAGAUGAAGGUCGUGGGAAAGUAGAGGGUGAUGGUACGAGUACGAGGAAGGAGAAAGAGGAGGACAUCACGAAGCGAAGGAAGAGAAAGUUACCUCGUUCGAUGUUUGAGUUAGUUUGGGGAGAGGGAACUGGGGAUUUAAUUGGAAAUGCAGAUAGAGUUGCUGGAAAUGCAGAUAGAGUUGCUGGAAAUGCAAAUAGAUUUACUGAAAAUUCAAAUAGAGUUGCUGAAAAUGCAAAUAGAGGUAUUGAAAAUGCAGAUAGAGUUACUGGAAAUGCAAAUAGAGUAACUGGAAAUGAAGGUGGUUUGAAGGAGUCAAGCAUUGAGGGAAAAGGAAAGGGGAAGUCUAAAGGUGGUGAAGAAGAAACAGUUUGUGGUGAAAGAAGUGAAAAUGGGAAUGUGGAAAGUAUUUUGAAGGAGGCAAGUGUUAAGGAAAAUAGAGAUGGGAAAUCAAAGGGUAGUAAAGAAUCAUUAAGUUGUAUUUUGGAUUUUCUGAAAAUGCUUUCGAGUGAGAAAUGUUCCGAGGAUGAUGAUGAUGAUGAUGAGAUCGAUAUUCUAGAGACCGUCAAGAGACGUGGACUGACAUUUUCUCGAUCGAGAUUCUUGCCGGAGGUUGAAGAGGAUGAGUAAAUGAAGAUUUGCUGAGGGUGAUGGUUUUGGUAACACCUACAUAAAGUUGGUAACUUUAUUAUCAGUCUUAAUUCAGUAAUGAUAUAGGCUUUGAAGUAUAAUGUAAAUGUUUUGUAAAAUCUGUGUCCAGUGUCCACUUAUUUCUUUCUUGUGAUACAGAAAAUGAUGUCUCUUGUAUAUUGCUUCAACUUUUGUUUCCACUAUAAUGCAGAUAAAUAAAAACAGAUGUUUUCUUGAA